CCCCAGUCUCAAUCGAAGCCAAGGAACCAAAACCAGUGGCUCCGCUCGUCGCCUUCGCCCUGCGCCGCCGCAGUCCAGCAACCCCCCAAGCCAUAUGCCCCCGCCAUGGCAGCCCUCAACUUACGCCACCGGCACAAUAGUGGCAGCACCCCACCUGCCGCUCCUCCUCACCGGCCGGAUUUCACGCAUCCCCUGAUUCCGAUCCCCUUUCUUUCCUUUCAGAUGAAGAGAAGACCAUUGGAGAUACUUCCACAGCUGCCCCUCCUAUCUCUCUCGAUGAUGAAUUUCCCAAGGCCACCUCCAUGGGACCUUAUGCAAGUGCAGGCUGGUCGGACCUCCCCAUAGAUCUCCUCAUCCGGAUACUGCAUCUCCUUGAGCUCCCCGAGGCCCUAGCCUUCCAUGCUGUCUGUCCAUCAUGGCGUUCUGCAUCUGUGGCCGCAGGCGGUGCCCCACCUCGCCGCACGCCGUGGCUUGUUUCCUUGGCAGCGGAGCCUCCUCCCGCAGGGGAUCAACAGCGCCGUGUGCGGCGUAGGUUAUGUGAUCCUGCUGCUACUUCUGAGCUCCGCAACCUCCUGGAUACUGAGAGAGAACUUUUCAGGUCAGCUUUCCCAGGGGCCAAGCUGUGGCCUGCUGCGGUGCCUCCCAUGGCUGGUUAAUCAUGGCAAACGAGCUCUCGGAUCUUGUCCUAUAUGACCCCUUCACCGCGGCGUUGAUCCCGCUCCCACCAAUCACCGGUUUUGCGUCGUGCAUACAGGGUGUCUAUGGAGACGAAGGGAAGAUCGUGGGCUAUCGUUACGGGUGUUACAUGAUAGAACGUGUUCAUGAUGUGCAGUCUCUCGGUGGGUAUUUCUAUGACAAGGUUGUGUUGUCCGGUCCUCCGUCCACUUGUCGCACUGUUGCUCUGGUCAUCCACCUGGACGGCAAGCGGCUCUCUUUCGCGAGAAUAGGAGAUACCUAUUGGCAACAAGUUUCGGUGAUCCGAAGAAACGGAGAUAGUUUUGCAGACUGUAUCUACCACCGCGGUAGGUUCUAUGCGGUGACAAUGGAAGGGAUAUUGAAGUCAUGGGACUUUAGUGGAUCAGACAAACCGAGGAAGAAAACGGUCAUUGCCGAGGAUGACAAUGACAUGUUCGACGACCCAGUUAUCACUAGGUACUUGCUUUCGACUCCUUGGGGUAAUCUCCUGCAGGUGCGUGUCUUUCUUGACACACACCAGGGAAACAAUGUCAGGAUUGAAAUAGACAGGUUGGACCUCAAGAGUCAGACAAGGGUAGCACUGAGCUCAGGGAAGGCUCUGCGGGGACAUGCGGCCUUCGUCGGACAGAAUAGCCCAGGCAUUUUAUCCACCAAAGAAUUCCCCAAACUAAGACCGGAUUGUAUCUAUUUCACAACUCCCCGCCUCAGAGAGCGCCAUGCUUUUGAGCAUCGCCGUAACCAAUGGAGCGGCGUGAAGGUAUAUGACCUGAAAAGACAGACACUUGAAGAUGCUUUCCCAUCUGGUGGAGGUCUUUACGGAACCAUCUGUCCAUUGGAAGUCUGGUUCACACCAAGUCUGAUCUGAUAGCCACGCUGUAACUUGGUGGAAAUAUGCCUCGAGUUGAUGGGAAUUCCCUUCAGAAAAUGAAUCAUCUGCCUCCAGGAUAAUUUCUCUUGUUUCUCUUUUGGCUGUUUUCAUGCCUGUGUGAGUUGUUGUCGUUUAGAAACGACGGGGUUUAGCAUGGAAGAAGGUUGCCAGCGACAAUUUUACACCGUCGCUCUUGGUGUUGGUUUUAUUAUACCUAAAAUCUCCAAAGUGCACGCGCACUAUUUAAA